AUUAUCUCUCUCUAUCCAUAGAAAACGCUUUCUGCUUCUCUCUCUCUCUAGAAACCAUCACUUUUUUCAUUUCUUUGCGAUCUGAGUUUAGUUUGAAAUGGUCGCGUGAAAAAUAAGAUCAAAACCCGAAUCUUUUCCUCUCUUUUCUUGAGAUAUUCAAAAUCUGCUAGCCGUUUCAUUUCUUCUUCUUCUUCUUCUUCUUCUUCUUUUUUGUUUCCUGCAAAAAAAUAUAUAUAAAAAAAUGGGCAAGAAAGAUCAGAGUGUUAACGAGAAUGAUCAGAGAGUUCAUGCCGUUCUUGACAUCAUCAGAAAACAGAGCCCCCUGUCUCUCAAACAGGAAAAAUUCUGCAACAAGAGAUGUGUGGAGAGGUUCUUGGAAGCGAAAGGGGGGAGUGUGAAGAAAGCUUCUAAGCUUCUUCGUGGCUGUCUUUCAUGGAGGGAGUCUUUGGGAAUAGAUCGUCUGAUGGCCGAUGAGUUUUCUGCAGAACUUGCAGAAGGAGUGGCAUAUGUUGCUGGUCAUGAUGAUAACUCAAGACCUGUUGUGAUUUUCAGGCUCAGACAAGAUUACCAGAAAUUCCAUUCACAGAAAAUGCUCACUCUGUUGCUGGCCUUUACAAUGGAAGUGGCAAUCCAAACCAUGGCAAAGCAUGUUGAUCAGUUUGUGAUCCUCUUUGAUGCCAGCUUUUUCCGGUCGGCUUCCGCCUUUCUGAACGUGCUUCUGCUGGCUCUCAAGCUGGCCGCCGAUUACUAUCCGGCCCGCCUUCACAAGGCCUUCCUUAUUGAUCCUCCCUCUCUCUUCUCUUAUCUUUGGAAGGGUGUAAAGUCAUUUGUGGAGCUUGCACCGUUGACCAUGGCGGUAUCUUCCAUUGACUUUGAAGACCCAUUGGGAUUCACCGAUCUGUCCACGUGUCACAAGGCUGCGUCAGACCGGUUCAGCAGCCCUUCAUCCACGGCCCGGAUUGGCCCGGCCUGCUCUUCCUCCCGGUUCACUUUCACCGUCUCCCACCGCCACUUUGACUCCCUCAAGCCGUGGCACCUCACCUUGACCGACUCCGCCGCCAUCUCGCCGCUCAGCGGCCGGUCCAUGUCCUUCGCGUCUCCCCUCGCGCGGACGACGCCCAGGACGGGUUUCUUCCCGUCGACGCCGCUGCCGGCGAAGAGGACCCCGGCGGCCAUGACAAGGCCGUCUUUCUUCCAGUCCCCGGCCGUGUUCUUCAAGAGGGACGGCCACGUCAGCCGGCCCGACCGGUCGCGCGAGUCUUUCGUCCCGUUCUUGAAGUUCUACCGCCGGCCGUACGACGAGAUGACUUACCGGGCGAAGAUGAGGCCGCCGCUCGGAGGCCUCAUCGCCAUCGUCCCACCUCAUCUCAAGCGCCGCCACGUGUCGGUAUCGCAAAGGUUUUGAUGAAUUGUUAUUUCUUGCCGCAGUAAAAAAAAAGGAAAAAUUACCCAAAAUAAUCCCAACUUUACCCGAUCUUUCAAAAAUAAUCACACCUUUCACUGUGAUGCAUAAUAAUCCCAACUUUAUUGAAAUUUGCCAGUUUUGGGUCGCCGUUAAGUUUCUAACAGAGGUUUAAUGGAAAUGCCUGUUGUAGGCAAAAAAAUGAAAGUUGGGAUUAUUUUUGAUGAAUUUUUGUUUUUUAAUUUUUUUUGAAAUUUUUAUUUAAAUUUUUUGAAUUACUUUCAACCUCCAUUUCUUUUUCUUUUUUAAAGAUUAUUCUUACCUUAGAAAAAAAAUAGAUAUAAAAAAUAAUGAAAAUAAGAAAAAUAACUGAAACCAUACAAAAUUAAUCAAAUAAAUAAUGUAAUCAAUAGAAAUUAAACAUAAACUGGUAAGAAAUAAAAUAAAUAUAUACGGAGUGGUGGGUUUUAACAUUUUACACACUAUACGGAGUCUUAAUGUACAACUUAUUUUUUAAAAGAACAAGCCAUCCGGUAAAGUUGAAAUUAUUGUAGAUAAUUUUUUAUAAAAAAUAAGAAGUGAUAUG